ACAGGCGUAUAAUGAACGAGUGCUACACAGGUUUGUGCACCAUCAAAUGCUUGGGAAUGUUGUAAAGUUCGUAAUCGCGUGUUGUGUUCUAAACCACAUAUUGACGAAGGUCCACGGAAAGCUCUAUUUGCUCCAAAAUGAGGCUGCGGAGGACUUUGAUAAUGUUGUGGAAAAGGACGAAGACGUCAAUAAAAGGAAUGUUCAAGUAGAAACUAGUACGCUUAAACCUACAAGUAGUAUCAGUAAUCAUAAAAGACAAAGUAAAUUAGGUAAUAGUAAAACAAUAGGGUUAAAUCAUAAUUCUGCGGAGAAGGUGGGACCGAAUUCGGAUUACGACAUGGUUUUAAUAAGAAACGAGGAGCCAAAUCGGUUUUAUUGGUUCAAAAAGCCUAACGAAGGUGAACGAGAUGAUCCUGGUAGUUCAGAUGUCGAUUUCGAAGCUGUUGGGAACCUCAUAAAAGAUAACACGGGAAAUUUUGGUUCGGAUAAAACUGAUAAAAAAAAUUGGAACUAUAACGAUUUUAAGAAACUUCACACCAUGAAAGAAGCAGAAUUUAAAGAAAAAGAACACAAGAACGACGAAUUCCGACCCAAUCAGUUGCUUGAUGAAACACAAAAACCGCAGCGAGUCAGAAUUUCUUUGGAGAUGACCGUUUCGGUACCGGAUACGACAGAAAUGUCCGACAACAACGAUCAGACAGCGGAUAAAUCUAAAUCUCAAGGAGAAUUAGGUCAAAAAACUGACAACAGUUGUGUAGAAGGUAACAGUUUAGAAAGAUCUACGCCGCAACAUAUACGUGUGAAUUUGGAGAGUGGAAUGCGUCGUGCUGGAGAUGAGGGUGAUUGCCAGAGAAAAAUUGAUACGCUAAAAUCUGAACUGUCUAAAAUAAGAUUAGUAGAUGAUAAAAAGGCAUAUAGGGCAAAAAAGAAAAGCAAUCACAAACGAAGUAUAGAUAACGAAACGUUAUUUAUAGAUCCUCAUAUGGCCAUUGUCAAAGUUUUGGGAAAACUUAGAGGUAGACAUAAACGAGUUCCUGCAGUAACAGAUAAGAUUCAGUCGAUUGGCCUUGUCAAUAAUCAGAGUGAAUUUUAUCAGGCCAAUUUUAAACCUUUCAGCAAGAUUAUCGAACUUCUAUCGAAUAAGUCCACUGCGGAAAAUUUUACUUAUAUUCCUAUAAUAUUCUGCUGUUAA